AUGAAGAGAACCAUAAAGCCAGGCCCAGUUCUCAACGUCACGCCUGCCACAGUGUUGCUGCUCAGCCUCAUCCUUACCCUGGUCCUCCUUGGCUCCUCCUGGGGCUGCGGCGUUCCUGCCAUCAGACCGGUGCUGAGCUUCAGCCAGAGGAUUGUCAAUGGGGAGAAUGCAGUGCUGAGCUCGUGGCCCUGGCAGGUGUCCUUGCAGGACAGCAACGGCUUCCACUUCUGCGGUGGUUCCCUCAUCAGUCAGUCCUGGGUGGUCUCUGCUGCCCACUGCAAUGUUGUCUCUGGCUGCCACUUUGUCAUCCUGGGCGAGUAUGACCUAUCAUCCAGCGCUGAGCCUUUGCAGGUUCUGUCCAUCUUGCGGGCCAUCACGCACCCUUUCUGGAACCCCACCACCACGAACAACAAUAUGAUGCUACUAGAGAUCGCCUCCCUAGCCCAGUACACAACACACAUCUCACCAGUUUGCCUGGCUUCCUCAAAUGAGGUGCUGCCUGAAGGCCUCACGUGUCACACUGGCUGUGGCCGCCUCAGCGGUGUGGGCAGUGUGACUCCUGCACGCCUGCAGCAGGUGAUUCUGCCCCUGGUCACCGUGAGUCAGUGGCAGCAAUACUGGGGCUCAUGCAUCACCAACUCUAUGAUCUGUGCAGGGGUUGGGACCUCCUCGUGCCAGGGUGACUCUGGAGGCCCGCUUGUCUGCCAGAAGGGGGACAUGUGGUUGCUCACUGGUAUUGUCUCCUGGGGCGCCAGUGACUGCAACGUGCGCGCGCCUGCCACGUACACUCGGGUUAGCAAGUUCAGUACCUGGAUCAAUCAUAGCCUACAACCAAGCCCACCACAGACUCAGGCCCAGGGUGAAGAUGGGGACUGCUGA